AUGUCAACGAUGGAUGCUGUAGUGAAGGCUCUGCCCAAGUUCACUACAAGUGCGACUUCUGAAACCGCAACGGCCACCGAUGAGAGUUCAGCGAGUUCCUCCACGAUUUCAUAUACCCCCACAGUGACACCUCCAUCGCCUGCUGGUAACCCCAAUAUAUGGGAUUCGGACCACAGGCCUAAUGGGACCGUGUUUAUCGCUGUGGGAAGUAUUGUAGCGGCGAUCUUCCUUGGAAUGCUAUUGUGGUCUGUGAUCACAAGCCACCUGUCUCGUCGAAUCGCCAAGAAGACAAUGAUGGGAGAUCGCUAUGAGGGCCAUAGCCGUGAGAGUAGUGGAUUCUACGACAAUGGUGACGAUAAGGAGUUUUUAGCAGCUUUUAAGGGUUCAGAUGAUCAGAAAACCAAGAGGAAUGAAAUCAGCUUACUUAAGACCGAGAGUAAUUUGAAUGGGUCUACGUCUUGGGACUCUUUGCCUGAGUAUGUACCGGAAUUUCCUCAGGAACGACUCAACCCGAUUCAGGAUAGUUUCCCGCGUUACAAUAGAAACUCUCUAUUCAUAUCACCCACCAUCCAAGUGGCACAGCAACAAGGUCAUAGAUCUCGAAUGGACAAACCAUCUCAUCACAGUAGUUUAUCAAAUACUUCGCUACUGUCAUCAGACAAAACCACGCCAGCCUUGAGCCACGAAUUGCACAAACCAGAGAGAGCAGCUUCACCAGAGAGAAAAGAGAAGAAAACUCCCGGUGGCUAUCACAAGAGGAACAAAUCGUCACUGGGGCUUAACUCAGCAGACUCUAGUGGAAGUCUGGCUGUCAAUGAAAGAAAACCUAGAGACAGGCCUAAGAGAAAAGCACCUUCCAUGUACUUGGAUGACAUACUGAAAGGCGAAGAAGAUAUGGUAUAG